GCUCCUUCUUCCGGCGGAACCAGCUUGCGAUGGGUUACUGCUGCGUCAUAGCUGAGUCGUCACAUGGACUACCGGCUCUUCCCUCCAACAUUUAUUAGGGCUUAUGCGAAUGCGUUCCGAAUAGUCCUCAGCCAUGUAUUCAACAUCUAGCUCGCCAGCCUCCAUCCUCUGCGGGUUUUCGGCCUCAUCGUUGGCGCCGGGGUGCUCGCAGCAUAUGGGACCACGAGCGUCGACACGGGCUACGGACCGGACACGGAUUCCCGUGGCUCUGGGUGAUCCUCAUGACCGCGGUGACUCUAUUCCGGCAUGUCGAUCUCGCUGGGGAAAGUACGAUUUGCCCGUGCUGCCGGGGCGCGUCAAUGACAAAGCCGCCUUUGACGAGGGACCAGACGAGAAUGAGCCCGACUGUUAUCUCUCGCGCUCUCCAGCCGCCAUCGCAUGCUCCUGCACUCGGACGCCCCGUCGCAUUCUGGAGGACACCUGGGGUGGUGACUUGCCGAUCGAGUUGUACAGAUCAGUGUAUAUGCGUUUGAUUGAUCCAUUCAUUGUCACGGUCAAACCGCUGAGACCACCUCGCUGCUCUGAACAGCACGUUCGGCUCUCUACGGAAAAGGCAGAGCAGAAGACAGUGUAUUGCUCCUUGUGCUUGACACUUGCACCGCCUCACCCCCCACUCAACGAAGUGGCACUCAGGGUCGGCCUAGGUCCCGAGACUACCAUGCACCAUGACAUCGCUGAGAGGCUCCGGCGCCUCUGCUCACUGUUUUGUCCAGAACCAUGGCGGUAGGAGUGUUCCCAGUGCCGGCUUCCAGUGGUCUAACCUCGGAUUACUCGCUGGUACUUUUCACAUGCGUAACUAUGUCCUUCGUAUGUAUUCUCCGUCUCAAAGCCUCUCGCACUCACUAUGCAGCUUACCUUCGCGCGCGCCACAUCCCAGGCGUACUUUCCGACCUGUUGUACUUAUGUUGAGGUCGUCACACCACAGUCCAAUACCGCACGUCCUGCUCGUGUUCUUCGCAGCUUCCCUACUGUCUAUUCU